AAAGGCGCUCCCGGAAGGGGCGGGGCCGAAGGUGGCGGCGCUUCCGGGAGCGGCGGGGGAACAUGAGCUGGAUCCCGUUCAAGAUCGGGCAGCCCAAGAAACAGAUUGUACCCAAGACAGUGGAGAGAGACUUUGAAAGGGAAUAUGGGAAGCUGCAGCAAUUGGAAGAUCAGACCAAAAAACUUCAGAAGGAUAUGAAGAAAAGCACAGAUGCAGACUUGGCCAUGUCCAAGUCUGCCGUGAAAAUCUCCUCGGACCUGCUGUCCAACCCGCUGUGCGAGCAGGAGCCGGGGUUCCUGGAGAUGGUCACGGCCUUCGACACGGCCAUGAAGAGGAUGGACUCCUUCAACCAGGAGAAGGUGAAUCAGAUCCAAAAGACAGUCAUAGAGCCUCUGAAAAAGUUCAGCAGCGUGUUCCCCAGCCUGAACAUGGCCGUGAAGAGGCGGGAACAGACACUCCAGGACUACAAACGCCUGCAAUCCAAGGUGGAGAAAUACGAGGAGAAGGAAAGGACCGGCCCUGUCCUGGCCAAGCUGCACCAGGCCCGGGAGGAGCUGCGCCCGGUGAAGGAGGACUUUGAGGCCAAAAACAAGCAGCUCCUGGAGGAAAUGCCCAAGUUUUACAGCAGCCGCAUCGAUUACUUCAAACCCAGCUUCGAGUCGCUGGUCCGGGCACAGGUUGUGUAUUACACGGAGAUGCACAAGAUUUUUGGGGACCUGACGGCGCAGAUCGACCGGCCCGGGCUGAGCGAUGAGCAGCGGGAGAGGGAGAACGACGCCAAGCUGAGCGAGCUCCGGGCGCUCUCCAUCGUGGCUGAUGACUGAGGGGAGGGUGGGGAUGACCCCCAAUCAACCCCAACUCCCAGCCCAGGGGUGGAUUUGUGGGCGCUGGAACUGCUCCCUUUGCCCCGUGGUUCCCUCCUGCCCCGACGAGGGGUGGGGGGCACAGUGGGGGCCACCCCCUGCCAGCGUCUGGAUUGGUUUUGCCUCCCCCCCCAGGGUUUUGCCUUAAAUUGGGGGGUGUGGUGGAGCAGGGAAGAGGGGUGUCCCAUGCAGGUGAAGAUGGGAAUGCGCGGAGGGCUGCUGGCCUUUUCCAGGCACCACCACAGUCCAGGCCCACUCCAGGAGGAUGAGACACCCCCCUCCUCGUGCCCCUUCAUUUUGUGCCUUAGGAGCCCAGUGGCCCCCCCAGGGGAGGGUAAAAAAAAAAUCACUGAAAUCCCUUUUUUUUUUUUUUUGAGGGAAAGGGUGAUGAUUGCCGUGCCGAGCAUCCCUCUCUCUUUGCACGGGAGUGGCACCAAGUGCCUCUGCCCCACAGCCGGGGAGGAUCCAAGGGUGCCCACCCCGCGAGCUGGGGGUGCCCAGGGAGGGGGCAGAGAGAUCCAUGGAGGAAACAACCCAGCCAGGAGAAAAUCCAAGGAAAACUAGAGGGGU